GCGGAAGUCUACUAGGCGCGGGGAUUCCCCGAGGGAAGUUCCCAAGCGUUAUAAAACAUGUACAAUGUACAUUUGUACGAAAUACACCACUCCCGCACGUCGUAAAUGUAGGCCACCUGAAGAAUAAGAAGGUGUCGCAGUAUCAAAACAAUAGUUUGGCAAUUUUCGAAUGAAGGUAAGAUACUGCAAUUAUACAGUCGGAUACGAAAGGCGAGCUCAACGAGUGUCUGGUUAGGUAUCAAAUUUACACAACUAUUCAACUAUUAACACUGCUCGAUACAAAAACAGAACUGUACCGAACCGAUUUUGUACACUCACCAAUGAAUGUCAACGUUCUAUUAUGUAGCCAGUUCGUGCUACAAGUUUGCUACAAUGUAUAACUACUAGGUUGCUUCAGGCUAGUAUGUGUCUUCAUAGUGUCAUCCUACUUGGGCUGCAAUCAGUGACAGACAGUGACUAGUAUUGUACUGUCUUCAACGGGUGUUUAUUAAAAUAAAUGACUAGAUGGAGAAUUGGAUUAGCUGUGUAUUCAAACGAAGUAACCAAUCAUAUCAGAGUAGUACCAUGCUCAGUUCACUAUCAGAAGUCUGAAAAACUAUAUUCAGGACACCCAGAAAAACAAACCUCAACUGCUUUUAAAAGUAUUAGAUCUGUCAUAGCCUCCCAUUUUAGGUAAUUGGUUAUUAACCUUAUCAUAUUAGUAGCUUAAUGUAUUGAUCAUGUCAUAAUAUACGUUUUUUUAAAGAAGAGAUAGGCUAUUUGUUAUUAUUCAUUAGCUAUCAUUAAUAAUGGGAAACAACACUGAGGUGUAUUUACCCAAAAUAUAUGCCAUUAUAAUUGAUUAAAUCUAUUAACAUCUUCUCAGCGCACAAAAUGAUUGUGAAUAUCUCAUAUUUUCCACACGUUUGUUUAUUACAGUGAUUGCAGGCAUUGCUCAUGUAUGACCAAGAUUUAUUGACUAGUAAUAAACCAUGGCAUUCAAUAAUAUCAAUUAAUGUAUUGUUACACAGCGCUGUACUGUACUAUUAUUCAGUAUCGCAUCAGUGUCCAUAGAUUUAAUCAGUUUAUAUUAGUGAUAUUCUUAUCACGAGUACCCAAACAAUUCUUCCUAACUGUAUUGUUUCUGUAAAUAUUUUGGAUGAUUGUUUGUUUUCAUCAAGAAGCUGUUCUUACAUAGGACACUUGUAUAAUCAACCAGAAAUGUUGAUCUUUUGAAUUUCUAAAAUUAGCAAGGACAGGUGUAAAAGAGAAGUAGGUACUGGCCCCAGUGUCAUGAUGAGAGAGGAUGACUUGGGUUUUUCAGUUUAAUUCAAGUGUUUGUCCAAGUUAUGUGAUUAAUAGGGUUUUCUUACUGCAAAUCAUGUGAUGAUGUGAUUUAAUGCUUUAUUGUACCUCUAAACUUUGGUUGCGUGAUAUGUUGCGCCAGGCCCCAAGACUGCUGUGUCAGUGAUGAUCGUGGAGCACACAGCAUGGAGAGGAAUAAUGGAGAUCAGCUCAACAAGGUCUUUGAAGCUUACUGCCAGGCCUCUAUCGAGAGAGACUGCGCCAAAAAGGAACUACAGCAGACGGUAUUAUGCCUAAUGCACGGUGAUAAAGAAACAAAUGGUCAGUUUCCCGGAAAGCCUAGUCCUGGACUAUAAAUGUAUUUUAAUGGACAGUCUCCACUGAAAGUACAUUUUAUUCCAGGACUAGGCUUAAUCUGUGUCUGGGAAACUGGCCCCAACUCUUCUAAUUCACCUAUGAGACUUAAACUCCGUCCAUUGAGAUGUGGUGUAGCCUUCCAUACAGUUCUUCGAUAUAAUGAAAUAGCAUGAUAAUUACAUAGUAACGAACUAUAAAGGAUAAGUGAUGACAUUCACAAAGUUUUACUUUUGCAGAAUGUAUAUUAUGAACGGCACACUCAGAAACUUCAGAAACAGAUAGAAGACCAGCAGCAGUUGAUUUCGAAACUCAAAGCUCAGUUGAUAUCAGCAACAAAGCAACCCUCAGGUUAGUGACAAGCAUAAUUAUUUUCUUAAUACAAUUGUUUGCAUGAUUACAUUUUCGGACAUAUUCUAUACCGCACAGUAUCUCCAGUGAAAUAAACGAGAUGCCUACAUUGGGAACAUGCAGGCAUACCGUUGCAUUGUCUAUUCCCCAGGAGGUAAAUAUAGUGGCCCUGUGUAUAGUGGCCCUGUGUAGCUCAGUUGGUAGAGCAUGGCGUUUGGGUUCGAUUCCCACGGGGGGGCCAUUAUGAGAAAAGAAAACUAACUGUAAGUUGCUCUGGAUAAGAUGACUAAAAUGUAAAAUAAAUUGUGCUGUAACAAAUAUUAUUGCUGUUUCAGGACAUCGUAAAUUAGAUUUCCCAUGUUGACUAAGUAGUUGGGUUACAUUAUAUUUCCUCUCUUAUUUGAUUCUUAGGAGAGGUCAAAGGUGAGGCUGCUCCUAGAAAACAGGAAGAAGAAACCUUGUCUCCUUCCAACCAUUUCUUUGACAACCCAGGCAGCUCCUUGAGGAAGAUUCAUGACUUGGUAGAUAUGUUUAACACAAUCAAACAACCCACACAAGAUUAGAGUUAGAUCUUGUUUAUUUAUCUUUACAAAUAGGAUGUAGACCUUCACAAUGUAAGGAUGUGUUGGGGUGCAAACAUGACAUCCCCAUUUGCUGCCACAUAACAUUUUUUUUCUCUCAAAUCGCUCAAAUAAGCACAAUAUCCUCUCUCUCUCUCUCUCUCUCUCACACACACACACACACACACACACACACACACACACACACACACACACACACACACACAUACACACACACACACACACACACACACACACACACACACACAGACAUAAUUGUUCAUAAAUCGUACAUUUGCUUAUAGAUACUGUUCUAUAUCUGCAAGCCAUGAUAGCUGCAACAGAGCUCAUGCCAAUGCACAAUACAAUAGCUCCACUUCCUGUGACAUAGGACAUCAUUCAUCUUGUUGCUUUUCUGUAAUACAUUUCUAGCUGGAGAACAUCAAUGUUUUCACAAGUUUCCCACUGAACCUGUUUGUCUAACGCAAAAAUACUGCACGUUUUUUUAACGCAUUUUAAUGUUUGUUUUGAGGAGAGAAAAAAUAUUAAUUUGUAAAUUGUAGUAUAAUCCAAACUCCUUAUCGGGUAUAAUUUUAAAAGAAUGAACACACACAUACUAUCUUUCAUCAACAGGUGGCGCUAGAGGAUAGCAUCACCAAACCUCAGGGUCUGAGGCCAUAGCCAUCAGCUUUAUAGAACUACCAGGUUUAUUGUUGAGAAGUAAUUCCCUAAUAACUUAGAUCACAAGGCAUCACCCAUGAUUUUUUGUUUGAAUGUAUAAUUGUCAUAAUUAUUGAUACAGUAUAUGAUUUUUAUGAAAUUAAUAUUCUGAUUCAUGAAAUGAUCACAUUAUGCAGAAAAAAAACAUUUUUGUAUUCAAUUUGGAUAGUGUAUAAUAGUAAGGUUGAUAUUUCUAGCAGUGUAAGUCCUCAACGCCAUGUGUGUCUGUUUUUCAGAAGGAGAAUAUGGAAACUGCUGUGAUUGUGUCAUCUUCACCACACGCAGCACCAGUAGCCAGCAGUUUUGAGAAGUAUGUGCAUUAGUAUGUGAAUCUUUACUUCAUUUUUUGAUGAAGAGCUGAUAUUUUAUUUGCUUUUCUUUGUCUCUCAGUAAAGAUGUUCUUGAGGUGUUUCAAGCUCUUCAGGGGAAAUUCCAGCAGAUACGUACAUUAACCCAGAGACAAAAAUAUCACCUGAAAAAAAUCUACAGAGGAAAUGACAUGGCAAAUGGUAAUAUUAAGGUUUGCACAAUAGUAAUUUGGGAUUUGAGAAAUUGCUUAUUAUUCCAGCACUGUUGAAAGGCACCCAAGGCCUUAACUAAUGUCCAGCUUUACUCUAAUUGAAUUACAAUAGAGAAAAUAUGUUGAGCUACAAUUGCUUUGGAUAUGUCAUAACACAAAAUUAGUAAUUAUAUAUGGUAGCUUUAGCUUUGUUCCUGUACACAAUUAGAUAUCAACACCUUAAGCAGAAUCGUACAUUAAUGCCUUGUUGGCCUAUUUAACCAUGGCCCUCCACCUGUGGGAAAUAGAAUGAGCAGAUAAAUAUGUUGAAUUAUUCCACAGACACAUGCUGUGAUGUGGCACUGGUUAGUUAUAUAAUGAGGGAAUGAAAAAAACUAUAAUCAUAUUAUACUUACUGUGUGUAAUUAGAAGACUUCAUGAAAAUAAAAGUGAAAAUGUUCUUGACAUUAUUCAUUAUGACUUGAUUAUUCAUCAUUACUUGAACUAAUCGCUACUCAAUGCCAUAACUUAAUAUCUCAAUGUUGUAAGUGAAUGUUGAUAUGUUAUAGAAACAGUAUGACAAAAGCCCUGUGUUUGCCAUUUGACAGAGCAGCAGUUCUCCAUGCCCAUUCAGUGUACAGACGUUACCGUGGAGCAGGCGGAGAGGUCCUUCCCCUCAGCCUUAAGGCCAGUGGUCGACCUCCAGCACCCGCCCACGAUCCUUGCAUCCCGCGGUGCCAGCCCAGAGGACAGCAACCUAGUGGACUCCCUCACCACACUCAGCAUCAAGUUCCCCCCCUCCACAGACAGUGAAUACGAGUUCCUGAACAGCACUCCGGAGAAGCACAUUGACCUGUCCAUGCCAAGGAAACAGCCAGCAGUCAGCAGUGUCCCUGCCGUCAUAGAGGAACCGGCUAUGGAGCUGGCCAUCCCAUUCCUGUAUCCUACCUCUGUCUCUCACCCUCCCUCCCCCUCCACGUCGCUCUCACACGAGAGUGUGCGUAGACCCAAGCAGGUGAGGUUCACAGGAAAUGCUCAUUCCUUUAUUUGCAGGUAAAAGUAGGAAAUUCUCAACACCUGAUUUGUUCUGGCAAAUGAAUGGGAGAGAGAAAGUGUCUAAGUAGUGAAUGGCAACCUCACACAUCGACACAAGUAAGGCAAGUCUCUGAAAGUUGUUAGUCACAAUAAGAUAUGAUAGGCCUAUGUGUACAACAAUGCUUGUUACAUAGUUAUUACAAUGUUUCUACCCCACUAUUUGUCAUUGACAUAAAAUCAGCAAAUAGAUAAUGAACAAAUGAUCAUAAAACACACCAAUUGUUUUAGAUGAUAAUGCUUUCUUGCCAUUCAGUUUUGUAGUUGGUUAAAUAAGUCCAUGUUGAACUCAGAACCAAAGUAAUGUAUAUUUUAUGAUUCCCAUUAUCAGUACAACUGUGCACACCUGUGAGGUUGUGAAUGCGGAAUGAUAGAUGCAGUAUUGCUUUUUUAUUUAUUUCUGUAUUAAGUAUUUUGAUCAUACACAGCAAUUUACCUCACAGAUUACUUUGAUCAUCUGAGUCCCAUAUUGCUGGAUGUGUACAUCAAAUUAAUCUUACCUGUCAUGUAGUAUUCUUUAGAAUUUUAGGAAGGUCAUCUGGCCUUAAUUGAGUAUUGUUUAAGACCAUGCUUUUGGUUAAACAAUACACAGAAGAAAUACACCUUUGUUGAGACGUGUGUCUGCGGUAUGGUUACUGGUGGUAGAACACCCACACUGAUGGUAGAAUCUUUUUUUUGCUAUUGGAUAAUUUCAUUGGUUGGAUUUCUCUGUUUAUAACAUACCAUACAUUGUCGCUGAGAUAUAAACAAUGCCAGAAACAAGUAACUAUUCAAACCUACUGUAGCAAAUAUACAGCAUUACAAUAGUACAAGUAGUGGGGCAGGAACUAUGGAUGUUGAGAAAGCGGGUUCAAGUGGGACACUGCUUUGCUUGUAUUCCCCCGGAGCAACAGAUCUUUCCUCAGUGAAGACCCAAGCACAUGACCUAUUGUGCUGUAAGUGGGUGAGUGUAAGCAAUGCUAAGUGUAUGAAUUAUAGAAUAUAAAGUGAUGUAUUUGUCCCUCCAUGUAGCCCCUGAGGAGCCCUGAGCUUUGGGACGCUACUACAGCAGCAGCAGCACAGGCCGUGAGUGUGGAGCAGCAACAACAGAUCAACAACAACAGCCCUGAUAUAUGUACCUUCUGCAACGCGGUAGUUCCCCAAGACCACAUGAAGAGCCAUCUUUAUAAUCAUUGCUAGAAUAAUAGUGAAGCCAGUAAUUGACACUAGCAGACACUGGCUGCCCAAUACAAUACCUCUAGGAUUGAUUCAUGGUUAAUUGAUGUCUUUGUUGCCCCGCCAUGAAUUACACGUGCUCUGCUGGAUGUCACAUGACACUGGCGUUUGGGACUAGAAUCCACUCUCGAUCAUUUAUUUAAUUUGUAAGAGGUUAAUGGUACAUUUUACAGUUUUUGUCUUAAGAUAUUACUUGGAAAUUGUACGUCGACCUAUGAAAUUAUAUUGUACAGUAUUGGUCUAAGUGUAAUAAAGCAAAC